ACUCCCCUGUUCCCCGCCGGCUGGCUCAGCAGUCAGCUCUCCCUCUGCGCCUUCUUCUGCACCACCACCACCACCACGGCACCCAUCCCACCCACACCACCUCCGCUUUUCCCAGUCUCCUUCGCUUCGUCCGUUGCGAGCCCAGAUCGAUGGCGCAGCCGUCCUCGUCCUCCUCCGCGCCGCCGUCCUCCUCGCCGUGGGUCAUCCUAGGCAGCAUCCCGCGCGUCUCCGCACUGCCGGACGCCGGCGACGUCUCCGUCGCGCUGGCGGCGCCGCCCCGCGUCUCGAUCCUCACCGUCUCCCCGCGCGUCUUCCCGGACCUCCCCACGCCCCGCAACUUCCCCUUCGUCCUCGCCGCCGACCCCUCCGGCCUUCUCCUCCUCCAGGCCAACCUGCGUUGCGCCCCGACCCGUGAGGUCAUCGAUCGCCCCGGCCACCAGGGAGUCACCUGGAAACUCACCGACUCUCGCUACUUCGUGCUCGACACCACCAACGGCUCGUCGUUCCAGCUCCCCGACCCUGAGGCCACCAUCAUGCACCAGGCCCUCCUCGGCCUUCUCGCCUCCCCCAGGGGCGGCGGCCACUACAUGGUCGCUGAGCUCCAGCCCAUCUUCGGCAGCGACGAAGCCACGCUCCUCUGCUUCUCCACGGAGGUAGGAGAGUGGGUCGAGAAGCCCGUCCACUACCCGCUCCCGCCACGCCCGCUGUCUCCCAUCUGCGUGGUCUCGCACCACGGGAGGCUCUGGUGGGUGGACCUCUCAUGGGGCGUCAUCACCUGCGACCCCUUCGCCGACGAGCCGGUCCUGGGCUUCGUUCCCUUCCCGCCGGGGAGGGUGCUCAGGUACAGGGAAGGUUGGGGAGUCACCGACAAGUUCCGUUACGUGGGGGUGAGCGGCGGCAAGCUGCGUUUCGUCGACAUGUACAUGCGUAAGCGUGUUCGUGGCGCCGGCGCUCACACUCCCAUGGUAAGCGUGUGGACGCUGGGCGAUCCAGACUCGAGGGAGUGGACGCUGGAGCAAGAGGCGAGCUUUACCGAGAUCUGGGCCGAUGAGAGCUACAAGGCGGCCGGGCUGCCGGAGAAGAUCCCCACGCUGGCGCUCAUUCACCCCAAGAACCCCGACGUGGUCUACUUCUUCCUCAAGGAGCACCUGUUUGGUGUUGACGUGCGUGGUCGCAAGGUGGUGGAGUGCCAGGUGUAUGGUCUUGUUGCGCCCCCGAGCAUCUGCUUGGCCAGCCGCUUCGUUCGGGCUUGGGAGCUGCCACGGGCGCUCUCCUCCUCAGGGGAGUGGUCUAAUGGCAUCAGCUUGGCUGAGAGCGCUAAUGCGCGUCCAUACCAGCGAUCGGCAGGGGAUUAUCACUUGGUGGGGGGCUCCAGGAUAGCAUGCAAAGGAUGAAUUGGAGGUAGGAACAUGAAGCAGCUAGUAGCUGUUUAUAUAUGGGGCUAAGUCAGUUUGCCAUAGCAUUUGUGCUUGCGGAAACACUAUGGAAUAGUACUUGAGUUUUUAUCAUCUCUCCUUGGAUGGAGCACUUGUACCGGAAGUGUGACUUGGGGUGGGGCGAUUUGAUUUUAAGCCACUACUUACUUUGGACUUUAAUAAUUUGCCACCGCUUAUAUUGUAAUU